UGUCUCAAAGUAGUAGUUCGUCAAAAGAACUUCUUGGUCUCAUUAGCCGGAUUCUUCUGCUUUCCAGUGUGAAAAUGCUGGAUUAUGAAGUGACCGUAUCCACUGGCUAUCGCACCAGUGCCACCACUUUUAACAAUGUCUUCAUUAAGUUGGUGGGAACAGAUGGCGAGAGCGAACGCAGUUGGCUCUUUGGCUUCAAAGGGCUUUUAGCCUUCUUCAGCGGAGCAGAGUCUAGUUUUACAGUGUCCAACCCCGUCUCCCUUGGAAAACUGGUCCUGAUAGAGCUAGACAAACAGCGUCUCCUACUGUUUCCAGAAGACAACUGGUUCCCAACCAAGGUGGUAGUGAAAUCCCCUGAGGGAGACAUCUACAACUUUCCCGUCUACCGCUGGAACACUGACAGCGAGGUGCACCGCUUCAGAGAGGGAACAGCUCUGAGAGUCUUUGAAGACGACCAUGCUCUUGGCAGGUACGAUCGGGAGCAGGAGCUGAAACUGAGAGCGGAUGACUAUCGCUGGGAUGUGUAUGCAGAGGGAAUACCCCACAACAUAAAGACAGACGGCCCACUUUCUCUGCCUGCUGAGGUCCGCUUCUCCUUCACCAAGACCACAGAGUUUCUCUUCGAUGUAUCCACUGGGAUCACUGAGCUGCAACUGAAAGGACUUGCUGAUUCCAAGGAGAACUGGCCUGAUAUAGAUGCUCUCAAUAGGGUGUUCUGGUUCAAACGGACUGACAUAUCAGACUAUGUCAAGGAACAUUGGAAGGACGACGCUUUUUUUGGCUACCAGUAUCUAAAUGGUGUCAACCCCAUGUUGAUCCGACGUUGUUCAACUCUGCCCUGUAACUUUCCUGUUACUAACGACAUGGUCUUCAUCCAUGGUGGGAGUAACUUGGAAGAUGAAAUUAAGAAUGGAAACAUAUUCCUGUUGGACUACAAAAGUUUGGAUGGAAUAAAAGCAAACAUCAUCAAUGGGAAGCAGCAGUACCUGAUGGCUCCCCUGGUCCUGCUCCACAAAACACCUGAUGAUAAACUGAUGCCAAUUGCUAUUCAGCUGAAGCAGACUCCAGCAGCUGACAACCCCAUCUUCUUUCCUACGGAUUCUGAGUACGACUGGUUGACGGCCAAGAUUUUCGUGAGAAGUGCAGAUUUCAACGAGCAUCAACUCAACGUUCACCUGCUGCGCACUCAUCUGCUGGCUGAAGUUUUUGCCGUGUCACUGCUGCGCAACAUGCCCAUGGUGCAUCCCCUGUACAAGCUCCUCAUAGCUCACACUCGCUACACGCUGCAGAUCAACUUCUUGGCUCGACUUGUUCUAAUAUCUGACAGUGGAGUUUUCUCAAAGUUUGCAGCUUCUGGUGGAGAGGAUAUGAUGCCAUUUCUGAAGAAAUCACAGAACUCACUGACCUACAGCUCCCUCUGCAUACGAGACGACAUUGCUGAGCGAGGGAUGGAGGAUGUGCCGAACUUCUACUACAGGGAUGAUGGAAUCAAGCUUUGGGAUAUCAUCUCCAGGUAUGUGAAGGGAAUGAUCACCUUCUACUACAAGAAUGACGAUGAGGUCCAGAAAGACUCCGAACUGCAGAAGUGGAUUUCGGACAUUUUUGAACAUGGAUUCCUUUCCCAAGCAGAGACAGGAAUUCCUCAGAGCUUUGCCACCGUGCCUGAGUUGGUCAAGUUUGUCACCAUGGUGAUCUUCACUGGCUCAGCACAGCACUCGGCUGUGAACACUGGACAGUAUGACUAUGGUGGCUGGAUGCCCAACACUCCCAUCUCCCUGCAACGUCCUCCACCAACCACAAAGGGCACAACAAGCGAGGCCACGAUGCUGGAGACGUUCCCUGAUGUCGCCACAACAGUUCAGGGAAUGUCCACCCUGUGGCUACUUAGCCAGCAGUCCUCUGACUUCGCCCCCCUCGGCCACUGCCCGGAAGAGCAUUUCAGUGAGGAGACUGCCGUCGAUAUGAUGAGGGAGUUUCAAGGACAGCUUAAAGUGUUAAGUGCGGUCAUCAAAGUCAGAAACCAGAAACUGGAGGUCCCAUACACGUACUUGGAUCCAGAGGAGGUAGAAAAUAGUGUGGCCAUUUGAAUAUCAGAAGGUGUGACCUCCUCAGCUGUUGACCAAAUUCAGCUUCAUAUUAACACAAAUGAGAAAGAGAAGAACUGCAUGUUUUAACUGAUACUAUAGUGGAAAUAAUCUAUUGCAUGUGAUCGUUGUAUGCUGGUUUGUCAUUUUUAUAUAGUCUGAUUGAUUUAACUGUGGUGAAAAUGUACUGUAUAAAUCAUAAUCAACAUCUUAAGUCUUUUCCUUAGUUCGUCAAUGAAUAUACAGGGCAUCUUAUCCAAAUAAAUUACGAAUGUUAAAUACAAAAUGUGAAGCUGCUGCUUUGUUUUAAUGAUACAAAUAAAGGUUUUUAUCAUGUAAA